AUGUCGUCCACCGUUCCGGCCCCCACCGCCCAGAACGGCCAACGAGCGCCACGCGAUCUCAGCAAGGAUGUCUUCCUCAUGGACCUCCCGGUUCCGCCAGACCAGGCGUGGAUCGACCGGCUCGAGGCCCGGUACCCCGGCUUCAAGGUGCGAUGGGUGUCGAAAACGUGGGAGUUUACAGCUGGGCCGUUCAGUCCCGGGCAGUUUGAGGGCAUCACCAUGAUGUGCACCUUCAUCCCACAGCCAGCCGAGCUGUUGCCAAACAUCAGCUACAUCCAGCUCACGAGCGCCGGCGCCGACAAGUGGCUAUCGCAUCCCUUGUACCAAGACCCCAACAUCACCUUCUGCACGUCCAACGGGACCCAUCCUCCUCAAAUCGCCGAGUGGGUUAUCGGCUCGUGGCUGAUGAUGGGUCACCACUUUCUCGACUACGCAAACCAACAGCGCCAGGGGAGUCAGAUACGCCCGAGGCCGGGUGAUGUGCGCCAGGUAUACGACGCGCCGGGCAUGCGGAUGGGGAUUCUCGGGUACGGCGCCAUAGGGCGGCAGGUGGCGCGGCUCGGGCAGGCGCUCGGGAUGGAGGUGUUUGCGUACACGCGCACGGAGCGGACAACGGCUGAGGCGCGGCGCGACGACAGCUACUGCGUGCCAGGUACGGGAGACCCAGACGGCUUGAUCCCCGCGCGGUGGUUCCACGGCAGCUCGCGCGAGGCCGUCAACGAGUUUUUGGCGCAGGACUUUGAUCUGCUGGUCGUGAGCUUGCCCCUGACGGCGGCGACGCGCCACAUCCUCGGCCGCGAGCAGUUCGAGAUCCUCGCCGCCCACAAGAAGCCCUUUGUGUCCAACAUUGCGCGCGGCGGCCACAUCGACACGGACGCCAUCAUUGACGCGCUCGCCACGGGCAAGAUCCGCGGUGCCGCUCUCGACGUCACGGACCCGGAGCCGCUGCCCGAAGGCCAUCCGCUGUAUUCUGCGCCCAACCUGUUUGUCACGCCCCACGUCAGCUGGCAGUCGCCGCACUAUUUCCAGCGCGUGCAGGGCAUCAUAGAGCGGAACCUCGAGAGCCUGAGCACAGGGCAGCCCAUGAUCAAUGUGAUGAAUCGGGAGCACCACUACUGA